AUAUAAAAUGAUGGCAUGUUACUGUUGUAAAUUCAGCUAACGGAGCUUUCUAAUAUGUGUAUAUACUAUGCUGACAUGCUUCCUCCUAAGUUUUGAGUUUGAGGUAUUCGUCCCCCUCUGGGGAAUGAUCUUUGACCUAUCAUAUGUUAUCUUGCCUUCUAAGGGAGGAGCAAAGAUGUGGGGGUUGACUUCAAACUUAUAGUAACUAAAAACAUGUCCAAAUUUAGACAUAGACCCUAUGUGCUACGUCAUUUUAUCUAUAGUUCUGUGGUAAACAACUCCUCUAUAAAAGGGCUUGCCUGGCGGAGGCGAGCCAGAUUUUCACUAUCUGGCCUUUGUGAAUUCUCCGGGCAUACCAUGGAGCCCGUCUGACCUGUGAAACUUCUGUGUAAUAAAUUCUGUUAUGCUGCAAGUUCUGGGUCCGCGUCUCCUCUCUUCAAACACCAACUUCGACAAGACAGUGCUGCUUCAAAGAUACGACAAUUGGCGUCACGACAGAGACGAUUUGUGUCCUGCUGCAUCUUCAGACGACUUCAACCAGGUAUUGAGGUGAGAAGAGGAGAAGGCAGCUGACCACUGAAUCGCACGGACUGAGGCUUGCUGACAUCUGCAUGUACAGCUUCUGUCUUCAGUCUGAUCAAGGCCGGUACAGUUUUAUCCACAAACUCUUUAGCAAAAAUCUGCAUUUUUACAUAUUUGUAUGUGUUCUCAUCUAUAGUUAUAUUGCUGAUAACCAUUUCAACCUGCUUUCAUUUGUGAGCUAUUAUAGGAGAUUGAUAGAGCAGAUUCAUCUGCUUACAUGCACAUGAAAAACUAUAUGCUGUAGUCAGUUAAAACAAGAUAUGAGGAUUGGCAACGGACUGACCAGUUAAUGCAUUUAAUUAAUUAAUGAAAUAGGAUUAUUUGUUUUAAAUUCUGUUGAGAGUUGCAAAUGUGAGUUGUAUUGUUUGUGCAUGGUUUAUUCUGAUCUCAACUGUGUUGGAGAUUCACUAUUGUGACUUUUUGAUGAUUUGAGAUGAACAUUGGGUAAUUGUUUGCUGCAAUUAAGAGCACGUAUGGUGACAGUCAGUCACUUGUGGGAGUGCGUGAUCUUUUUGUCAAACAUUAUAAGCAGAUUUUGAGUUGUGAUAUUACAUUGAUGAGCUUUUGAUUCCUUUGGAGUUGGGAAGUCAAUUUCAUUUGUAUUUGCUGUGGUAAAUAGGUGAUUUUACUACGUGAUUUAUGAAUUGAUUAAUCUGUUGAGUGUUUGAUUGAUUUUUUGAUUAAUCAAUUCCUAAAAGGGGGGAGGAGUAAUCUAAAAAGCUUUAAGUAGCUUUAAAAUUUAGCAAUUACUUUUUUCAAUUAACAAUAAGGGAACAAAAGGUAGCUGCUACUAUGGGGAAGAAGGACACUAAAAGUCCAAAAGUAAUUACUCCUGUUGAUGUAGUACAGAAGAAUAAUCCUUUAGUUGAAGGCAUUGCAAGAAUAUCGGAGAAAUGGCAUAAACGCUGGUCUCAAAUUGACAGACCAUGGCCGUUAGAGGGGACUAUGAACCCAGAUGUAAUUAGAAUAAUGCGAGUACUUGUGUCAACGUACAAGGCAGAGCAAAAGAGAGGUAAGAAGGGACAGGCCCGCAAAGCAAAGAGAGAAUUGGAGCUUGACAUUCUCCAGUUGUUUGAAAAUGAGGGACAGAAUCUGAUUAAAGCUGCAAACGAUAAGAGAGAGGAGGACAUAGAAAAAACAAGACAGACAGAAGGACAUAUAACACUGGAAAACCAGGUAGAAGUGUUGCAAAGACAGAGGAAAAUGCUGCAGAAAAAAACGCUUCCAAUUAUUGUGCAAGGAAAAUACUUUGCGCUCAAGAAAACAGUCUGCACCCAAGAAGAUGCUUCCAGUGGUCAUCCGAGGGCAGAAUUUGGAGUAUAAGCCUUGGCAGACUACAGAUAUGUCAAGCAUAAUUGAGAAGUUACCGAUUCUUCAAGAUGGAGCCCAUUCUUGGAUUUCGAAGUUGGAAGAAAUCAUGGUGGGAGAGCAACUUGCUAUGGGAGAUAUUAAGAGACUAUUGGCUAAUCUCCUUGGAGUUCAUGCUAUGGGAGAUAUUCUAGAGAAAGCUGGACUUGAUCAAUAUGUGGGAACUGCUGUGAAUGAUUCAGAAUUGUUCUGUGCAAAUAGAGGUCGAGUGUGUAGAGCGCUGAAAGAGACCUUUCCGACAAAUUUACAUCCUGACAACAUUCUUAUUGAACCACUGGGACAGGAAGAAAACCCGAGAGCCUAUGUGUCAAGAGCUCAUCAAGUUUGGAGAAAUGUUACAGGAAAUGACCCUGAUUUGAAUCAAAUGGAGCAGUCAAUUUUGAGAUCCAAAAUACAGAAGGGGUUGCCCCUAACAGUGGGGAGCAAACUUGCAGAGGUUGUUGGUCUGGGAAGCAUGGAAAAAGGUGUUUAUACAGAUCAUAUAGCCCAUCAAGUGGUGCGCUACAGGACAAAGGAGCAUGAUCAGAGACAACAAGACCAAGAGGUUGUUAGAAAACUCCAUCAAAUACAACUGGUGGAUAAUAAGAAAAUUAAGAAGCAAGCUCUGGUUAUACAGAAUCAGGCUCCACUAGAUCAAUCAUUACUACAAUCACAGCUGAACCAGGUUCAGCUCCAAUCGUUCCAGCCAUCAUCGGUGGUUCCAGUCAUCUCCUACCAAGAGACAGCAUUUGAUCAAGCGCAGAACUGGAGAGGAAGGUUCGAUCCAAAUUUUGAACAGCAUUCAGAAGAAUGUUAUAAUUGUGGACAGUUUGCCUGUGAAUGCAACAGCUGGAUAGAAUAUGAAGGAGGAGAAUAUUGAAGAAACAUCAGUGAAAGAAAGAAAGGAGGACGACAUGAUUUGUGAUUCUUUCAAGAUUUCUAAGUUGUCAACGUUGCAGUACAACAGUGUGCUUCGUCUGUUCCAAAUACUUAAAUUCCGUUAGUAAGUUCUGAAUGAUAGUAAAUUAUUCUCUGUUGUUGACCUAACAGAGAAAGGUACCCUGACUGGCAGUUCAGGAGAAAGGGGGGCUACUUCGAUUAUUGCUUAGUUAUUUCAAAGCUUCUCAUUACAUUAGUGAGGUGUUUCCAGGGGGGAAAUGAAAAAUGUGACUUAUAAUUUCUCACUUACUUAAAGUGUGUUAAUCAGAUUGAUGUUUUUUUAAUUUGUAUCUGUUUUGUAUACAAAGAUACUGGUUUUCUUUUCUUCUCUUUCAUUCUAGAACAUAUUGGGGGAAGAUCACUAUGAGAGUGGUGAAUGUUCAGGGAAACCGAUGUGUUGAAUGGAUUCAGACACUUCAAACAUGAACCAUACCAAUGGACUGAAGGACUCUGAACAACGAUACAAUAUCCAGAUUCAACAUGUCAUCAAUACUACAACUGGGAGUCAAUGCUGCUGAGAGACUGCAGUGUUCUAUCUUUGGGUUUUCUCUUAUAUUUUGAAGGUGCAAUAUUAAAAGUGAAUUAUAUUCUCUGUGUGUUAAUUACUUGGAAAAUGAUGUUUUCUGUUAUUGAGCAAAUAUACUGGGACCUCAGAUGUUUUCUUUUCCGUGAUCUUUAAGGAUAGUGGUGCUAGGCAGGGAAAGGUCCAUUGGAAGCUCCAAUGGGAAGACCAGGCUGACUUUGGACAUUGUUUUGUUUUUAUUUGCUGAGAGUUCCGUAUGUAUUUGCUUAAAGUAAUUUCCUUACAUAAUUUGCUAGAAUUCCUAAUUUCAGUGGUGUAGGAGUACUAUGUAUAGUUGCCUUGGCAGAGGAGCUGUGAGAGAAUUUUCCUGUCUAAAUUGUUUGAUGGAUAUUUCAGGAAAGAUGUCUGCCUGACAGGUUUUUCACUCUCGCUCCUACACACAGUUGCUGUAUUAUUGAAGUUAUACACCUGUAUGGUUACGAGACUUUGUUAAGCCUCGUAGGGGGGAAAUAUGUUGUAUAUUCAGCUUGAACAUGGUUAUAUAAAAUGAUGGCAUGUUACUGUUGUAAAUUCAGCUAACGGAGCUUUCUAAUAUGUGUAUAUACUAUGCUGACAUGCUUCCUCCUAAGUUUUGAGUUUGAGGUAUUCGUCCCCCUCUGGGGAAUGAUCUUUGACCUAUCAUAUGUUAUCUUGCCUUCUAAGGGAGGAGCAAAGAUGUGGGGGUUGACUUCAAACUUAUAGUAACUAAAAACAUGUCCAAAUUUAGACAUAGACCCUAUGUGCUACGUCAUUUUAUCUAUAGUUCUGUGGUAAACAACUCCUCUAUAAAAGGGCUUGCCUGGCGGAGGCGAGCCAGAUUUUCACUAUCUGGCCUUUGUGAAUUCUCCGGGCAUACCAUGGAGCCCGUCUGACCUGUGAAACUUCUGUGUAAUAAAUUCUGUUAUGCUGCAA